AGCAUAAAAGACAAUGGGAAAUAGCACCAGAUCUACACAAUGAUUGCCAUCCUUUUUACAGUGAUCGUGGCCAUCCCAUUGGGGAAUGGUUUGAAAGUUUCUCAACCAUACUAUGUAGUGGGCAGAGAGGGGAAAGUAUCUUUGCAAUGCACCUACACAAAGAGGUAUCUAGAGGAGAUACAAGUGUCUGUGUAUAAAGGAAUGUAUGGGCAAGCAAGGAUUUGCAGUGCUCUUGUCAACCUCUCAGACCCCCACAUUGAGACAGAAGGUAGGGUCUACUGCAGAGGUAAUGUAAGCAAAGGCACAGUGGACCUGACCAUCUAUGGCUUGACGGGGGAGGACACUGACCUCUAUCGAUGCCAGGUGGAGUUUUUCUACCCACCACCAUACAUCAGCAUCAUUGGGAAUGGCACAUUGGUGUAUAUACAAGAGAGUCCAGACUGCCCAACAGAGCGCACAGAAGCCAGAGUCCAGGACAUCCCCGAGCCCACGCCCAUCCAGAGCCCUUCAUUACACAUUACUCUUCUCUCUGCUGUCCUCAUAACCACCACCAUUACGCUCAUUCUACAGGUAAUGAAGACAGUCCUGAAACAGCAGAAACCCAAUCAGAUGGCACAAAUAGUUUCACAGAAAAGCAAUUACAAGAACUUCUGGUGAAAUGUACAAUAUUCAUCAGUGAUAUUCAUCUUAUUCUGCAUUACUGUUUUUUUUUUCUUUAAAAAGAAAGCAUGCCUGUUUAAAAGCAGAUAAUCACAGUUUAGUUAUAUGUUUUUUUCUUCAAAAUACCUGUUUAUGCUGAAGCCUCGGUUCCCACUGGGCCUUGCAGAUUAGGGUAUUGAUAUAUAAAAGAUAAAAUAAUUAAAACAUCAUUCAUAAAUGAAUUCAUAUUAGAAAAAUAUUUAUCACUUUAGUUAUACAAAAAAAAUGACUAUAUAUUCAACUAUAUAUUUUACGUUUAAAAAUAUAAGUUACAGAGCAUUUUACACAAAAUAAGCCAUGCACUGAACUACAUCAUGUACUUACUUUUGUGUUUAAACAGAGUGUUUCAUUUAUUCUAUUAUUAUGUUUCUAUUAUGUACUAAAACAUUAGAUGUGAUAAUUAAGUACUUUCAUUUGAAAUGUAUUCCUAAUUUUCAGUGGAAAAGAAACAUUACAUAGCACGCUGUUUCCUAUGGAAGUGUACACAAUGUUGAAUCUUGGCAGGAGCUGUCUUUUGAAUCAAGUCAAGUAAACUGUGAAUCUAAUUACUUUUGGUUUUUGUAAGAACUAAUCUAUAAGAACCACUAUGUGUCAGUUCCAUCCAUCAUGACAUCUCAAACUGAGAUUCGAAAACAUUGACUCAGGGUUGUAACUCCUGUCAUCACUCUCUGUGGUUAUUUGAUUCAGUACAACACUGUGGAAGGGCUGGUUAGAGCUCAGUGACACACCAUGUCAUAACAAGGCUACCAUGUUUAAGUGGUGUAUCACCACCUCAAAUCUGUAGAUGAAAUACAGUAGUAACUCGCUGGAAAUUUCCAAGAGGGUUGCUAUUAACUAAAGAGGAAAAAUAAAACUGAGUUGUCUUAA